AAAAUUUCACGCCCUCACCUCCCAACUCAUAUAAUUAGCGCCUUUUCCCGGAAAAUUUCUCUUUCGGUUUUCGGGAAGUUCUUCAAGUCCUCCGAAGUCCGACCCACAGAGGACGAGAAGCAAACCCCAAACAUUUUCCCGGAAUUUCUCUUUUGUUUUUCUCGCGUCGCUCUCUGAUUGAUUACUACGCAAACGAAAUUGAAGUUUUUCGAAGCUGUUGUUCAAUAUAUUCGAGGAGGUAUUCGCCAUGAACAACCUCUCAUCUUUCACAGCCCUGGACUCCAAUCCACUUUCCACCCCUUGUUCCUUUGGGGCCCAACACCACAGGCCCGUUCUCCUCCAGCGCUCGAGAAAUACUGUCGUAUGCUCAGUGAAGCCCUUGGUCGCCACCCCCUCUUCUCUAAGUUUGUCCGGUUCCCCCAAUCAGGGGCUUAAUCGAAUUGAGUCGCUAACCCAGGUCUCAGGCGUGUUGGGCUGCCAGUGGGGCGAUGAAGGUAAAGGAAAACUCGUCGACAUCUUAGCCCAACACUUUGACAUCGUUGCUCGUUGUCAGGGUGGAGCUAAUGCUGGACACACCAUUUACAACGCAGAGGGAAAGAAGUUUGCGCUUCACCUUGUUCCCUCAGGUAUUCUUAAUGAAGAAACUCUUUGUGUUAUUGGAAAUGGAGUUGUGGUGCAUCUUCCAGGGCUCUUUAAAGAGAUUGAUGGCCUUGAAUCUAAUGGGGUAUCCUGCAAGGGAAGGAUAUUGGUCUCUGAUCGUGCACACCUCUUAUUUGAUUUCCAUCAAAUAGUGGAUGGGCUUCGAGAAUCUGAGCUUUCUGAAUCUUUCAUUGGCACUACCAAAAGAGGAAUUGGGCCUUGUUACUCUAACAAGGUUAUCCGAAAUGGUAUUCGAGUGAGUGACUUGAGGCACAUGGAUACUUUUCCUCAGAAGCUAGAUGAUCUAUUAUCAGAUGCUGCAUCAAGAUUCCAAGGUUUUGAGUAUGGACCCCAUGUGCUAAAAGAAGAAGUUGAAAAGUACAAGAGAUUUGCUGAGAGAUUGGAACCCUUCAUUGCUGAUACUGUGCAUGUCGUGAAUGAAGCCAUCUCCGAGAAGAAAAAGAUUUUGGUUGAAGGGGGUCAGGCAACAAUGUUGGAUAUUGACUUUGGAACUUAUCCCUUUGUAACAUCCUCUAGCCCUUCAGCGGGUGGGAUUUGCACUGGUCUUGGCAUUGCUCCCAGAGUUUUAGGUGAUCUGGUUGGAGUGGUAAAGGCAUACACUACGAGAGUUGGUUCUGGUCCCUUUCCCACAGAAAUCUUGGGCCAAGGGGGCGACCUCCUUAGGUCUGCUGGUCAGGAGUUUGGCACAACUACUGGUCGCCCUCGUCGUUGUGGUUGGCUUGAUAUGGCAGCACUGAAGUAUUGCUGUCAGAUCAAUGGAUUUUCUUCUCUCAAUCUCACCAAACUUGAUGUUUUGUCUGAUCUUCCCAAAAUUCUGUUGGGUGUUGCCUAUAAACAGAAGGAUGGUACACCGAUUAAAUCGUUCCCUUCAGACCUUCGUGAUCUUGAGCAAUUAGAGGUGGACUAUGAAGAAUUGCCCGGAUGGGAAUCGGAUAUUUCUUCUGUCAGAAAUUACUCCGACCUUCCGAAGGCCGCACGUCAAUAUGUGGAAACGAUAGAAGAACUUCUUGGUGUACCCGUCCAUUACAUUGGUGUAGGGCCUGGACGCGAUGCACUGAUUUACAAAUAGUAAUCUCGAUUUUCCCUUGAUACUUGAGUUGAUUUUUCGGAUUAGAAGUAAUUUUCAAGACACAGUUUGAUUCAACACAUUUUCCACCCGAGGCGGCCACAAGAAAUCUAUGUUGUGUUUAGGAUUGCUUGUUGUAAUGCAUGGAUUACUAGGGUAUGAAUUUGUUGGAAUGAAUUGAGGUCAGAGUACUCGGGGUCGGUCGUUAUCGUAGUUUUCAUGUAUUAGUUAUGGGCUAUACUAUUAUUUGAUAGCAGGUAACAGAUGCCUAGGCUCAUCUCACAUUAAUAUGACAAUUUAUGUGUGAGAAAAUCAAUCGCAUUCACUUUUGUCUCCA